AUGUGGAAAGAGCUUCAGGAAGAGCUGCACUCUCACUUCCCAUCACAGAAUUCAUACAGGGGAGAAACCCUAUCAGUGUGUGGAAUGUGGAAAGAGCUUCAGGAAGAGCUGCAGUCUCACUUCCCAUCAAAGAAUUCAUACAGGGAGAAACCCUUUCAGUGUUUGGAAUGUGGAAAGAGCUUCACUGAUAGCUCCGCCAACUUCUCACUUUCCAUCAAAGAAUUCAUACAAGGGAGAAACCCUAUCAGUGUGUGGAAUGUGGAAAGAGCUUCAGUCAGAGCUCCUCUCUCACUUCCCAUCACAGAAUUCAUACAGGGGAGAAACCCUAUUAGUGUGUGGAAUGUGGAAAGAGUUUCAGGAAGAGCUCCUCUCUCACUUCCCAUCAAAGAAUCCGUACAAAGUUCAGAAAAACCAUUAUACAGCUUUAGGAGCCAGGCAAAUCCACACCUUUUUAACCAGGCCUUUUUCUUAUUGACAUCUAAUGCUAUUUUAACAUGUGAUGUUUUGUGUUUUUAUGUUGUGUUUUUAUGUUCCAAGCAUCCUGAGACGUGUGGGUGUAGGGAAUACAGCCACUCUUAA